AUGGCUCCUUCGGCGACCACAGCCUCUGCAUCAUCUACAGCCACCUGCCUUCACAUUGAACCUGGUAAAAGUGGCUAUCUUCCUCCCGAGGCUUGCGGCGCCAUUCUUCUAUACAAACCUUCAUUAAUACCAGCCGCCUUGUUCUUUAUCUUGUUUGGUCUCACGACCCUGAUGCAUUUCGUUCAAGGAUGUGUGCAUAGGAAAUUAUAUGCCUUUGUUAUUGUUAUGGGAUCGGGAUGGGAGUUCAUCGCGAUGGCUUGUCGUUCAAUGGAAACGCAACACCAGGACAGCUCUAAAUACUAUGUUUAUUUCAUGGUAUUCUUCUUGGUCGCACCGAUAUGGAUCAAUGCCUUCCUUUACAUGACCCUCGGUCGCAUGGUCCAAUUCUUCGUUCCCGAGCGAUCAUUGGUCCGAAUUUCAGCACGACGCUUCGGCCUUAUAUUUGUGUGUCUGGAUAUUCUUGCAUUCAUCGUCCAGCUGAUCGGAGUUGGUAUUCUCGUCCAAACAGAUGCUGCUUCCGAUGUGGUCUUGCGGGGAGUACACAUCUACAUGGUUGGAAUCGCAGUGCAAGAAACAUUCAUCCUAUGUUUCAUUGGUUUGACAAUUCAUCUCCAUCGCAAACUCUUGGAAAUAGAAAGAACUGGUGUCCAAGUAAGCAAGAUGAGCAACCUCGCCUUCAACUGGAGGUGGCUCUUUUACACAAUGUACUUUGCACUGACCAUGAUAACGAUUCGUAUCGCCUUCCGACUGGCCGAAUAUUCGCACGGCACCAGCGCCGACGAGCCCACCAACACACACGAGUGGUACCAAUACGUCUUCGAUGCUCUACCCAUGUUCUUCGCUGUUUUUAUUUUUAACGUCUUUCACCCCGGUCGGAUUCUCCAGGGCCCUGAUUCUGGCUUCCGACACGCGAAGAAGGUCGCCAGGAUGGAAAAGAAGCAGAGGAAAUUCCAAAAGGAAAAUCCAUACCCGGUGGCCAGUGAUCAUGUUCCUUUGGCGCCCUAUCCAGGGCACCAGCAGCAGCAAGUUUACGAUCAACCGUCUCCCCUGCUUCCGCACAGCCCACCUCGAUCAUACUUUGGGCGAUAA